CCCUCUUCAUUUGCUGCUGCAGGCUUGAAUGGAGGUAUGGCUCACGAGAAUGAAGGCCAUCUUCGUGACAUCAGUCCUUCGAACAAGAGCAGCUAUUCUUCGGCGUCUGGAGUGUCCCUCUCUUCGCCUCUUCAACGACCCACCAGUCAGCAGACCAAUUCUUUCACGAUGUCUGUCUUUGAGGUUGGACUUCAAGCGGCACAGAAACGCAGCCACUCCGCUUCAGGCUCUAGCUACGACAACAGCACGGCCAUCACCACCAGCAAUAUCAGCAACACCACCACAUCCUCGGUCAUAGCUACCACUUCUUCAGCUUCGUCUGGCUUUGGAAUCGCAAAUUUUGUCGGCGAAGCCUCCAACGAGAACACUGCACCGGCUCUAAAUUUGACCAGCUCCAUAUCGGGACUGUCAAGGCGUGGAAAGCACUCCUCAACUUCUGGUUAUCAUCGUGAGGAGACGCAGAAACAGACCGUCUACCACGACGAGGAACUGGUAGACGUAGAGGGCAUUUCUGUUGAGAAUGAACAAGCCUCCUCCGCCGACUCCCGGUCUCUGUUGACGAUGAAGAAGCCGGUUCAGAAUAUUGGCUAG